AUGAUUAGAAUUGGCGAUCGGCUUGGCUGGCUUGUCCGAGAACCUUCUCUUCUCUCUGCCCGUGCUCGUAUUUGUGGUGUCGUUGAUAUGAUGUUGAGUGUCCGGACGACGAGUUUGCCCCGCUUCGCCGUUGGUCCGGUCACUGCGGCCGAAGAAGCCAUUGGUGGAGCCGUUGCUGCAGCCGGUGGAGCUGUGGAUGGUCCAUCUGAAAUACAAAAUAUCAUUUUUCAGAUCACCGAAUACUACAUGCGUGCUCUGAAAUUCUACUAUCUCUAA